CGCACACCUCCGUCAGCCGCCGGCACCACUCCGGCCGCUGCUGCCGCUUCUCCAGCGCCUCCUGCUCCUCCCGGCUGCAGCCUCCCCGGGGGCCCUCCGCCGCCUCGGCCGGCCGGGCCCGGGCCGGCUCUCGGGCUCCGACUCGGAGUCCGGCCAGGCGCCGGCCGUUACCGAGAGCCGGCAGGAGGCGCCAGGCCCGGCCCGUUGCCAUGGGAACGGGGACAGCACCACCCUCUAACGGGCCCCGCCGGCUCCUGGGCCCCGGCACGAUCGUUCCGCGGGGGGGCGGGUGUCGGGGCGGGGGCUCGGCCCCUUUAAGAGCGGCGCCGCCAUGAUCUGCCUGGUGCUGGGGCUCUUCGCCGGCCUCUUCCAGAGCGCCUUCGGCGGGGCCAGCGAGCGCACCUUCGUGGCCAUCAAACCGGACGGGGUCCAGCGGCACCUGGUCGGGGAGAUCAUCCGGCGGUUCGAGAGGAAGGGGCUGCAGCUGGUGGGGAUGAAGCUCCUGCAGGCCUCGGAGGAGCUGUUGAAGGAGCACUACAUCGCCCUCCGCGACCGUCCCUUCUACAGCCAGCUGGUGAAGUACAUGAGCUCCGGGCCCGUGGUGGCCAUGGUCUGGCAGGGCCUGGAUGUGGUCAAGACAGUUCGCACAAUGAUUGGGGAGACUAACCCAGCCGAAUCCAGGCCUGGCACCAUCCGAGGAGACUUCUGCGUUGAAGUCAGCAAGAAUGUGAUCCACGGCAGCGACUCAGUUGAGAGUGCCCAUCAGGAGAUCUCCCUCUGGUUCCGCCUGGAGGAGCUGACUUGCUGGGAGGACACGGCCGAGCACUGGAUCUACGCGUGAGAAGAGCAGCCCAAGGGGAAGUAUGCCUUCCUGACCGGGCACGGGACGUUUUCAUCCAUUUCAUCGCAGCUACUUGGGUUGGCUCUGGAUCCUGCUGCGGCAUCGCGUGCUGUGGUGGGGGUUUCUGUUCUGCGCAUGGGUGGAGGGGUCCUGGAGCUGGUCUCUGUGUGUAACUCUGUGGCUCAGCUCCCUGCAGGAGAAGCUGUUUCUUUAUUUUAUCUCUCUGCUAUAGUAAGUAGUUGGUAUUGUUGCUUUGUUUGCUGCAGCGUCUUAAAUCCUGAGUCACUCAAGGUGAUUUAUUGAAGUGAAAACUGGGCCCUGGGCCCUUUCCUGAGUGUUCUCAGACCUGCCUGGCACUGGAGAAUGUUGUGCUUCUUGCUGCUGGGAGGGGUGCUCUGGUCACUACAACGUGGUGCAACUGAUGUAAUCUACCUGCAUUUCUGUAGGGUUUUUCACCAAAGGCUUUUAAAGAAUUUGGCUACUAUAGGAUAAGGGGGAAGCCUCCCCAUGGGGUAAGAGCUCAUGCCAAGAUAAGGAAUGAAGGACAGGACAAACUGCUCUCUCUCCCUUGGUGGGAGUGCUGUGUGCCAGAGCUGGUGCAAGUUCACCUGACUUCAGACAUGAUUAUUGAGUCCAUGGAAGGACAAUUCACCAAAUGCUGUUAAACGCACAGUUUCUCUGGCUUUGAUUCCUGGCUGCGGGUGCUGGGAGUGAGAAAGCAGCUUUGCUAGCUCUGCCCUGGUUCUCAGUGGGCCUCCACUGCUGGCUGCAUCCCUGGCCUGGCCCAGCGCCGUCGUUCUCAAUCCAUGGCAACUGACACAGCAGCCCUGUGCAAAUCACGAGAACAGAAGCGUGAGAGUGAGGUGGGGAUGGAUCUGUAGAUUUGGGCUCAGGAAGGACUAGGAGCACUAUUUAGUCCUCUGUCCUGCACAGUGCAGGCUGCGGAGUCCUGGCACUGAGCUCUGGGAGGUCCUGCGAUCAUCCUUGUCUGAUGGUGGAGCUUCCCUGCUGGGAAGGUUUCUGGAACAGUUGGACAACACCUUGACCCUGUUGUGAGCUCUGCCUGGAACAUCGUACUCCUCUGAACUGUUGUCUGAGUUCCCUGCGCAGCCUUGCUGGGGCCUAAGGGCAGGGACAGCGAUGUUGCACCCUGCUGUGGAACAGGGUGGAGUGAUGGCCAGGGAACAAGGUCCUUUGCUGUGUGUGGGGUGAGGCGUUUUGCCCGUGCCCCAAAAGCCUGUCUCUCCCUGGACCCCCAGCUCUGUCCCUGCUGGGGAUGGAACGCAUGUCUCUCUGCGCUGGCCCCCAGGGUGCUGGGGCUGAGCUGGGAAGUGCCAGCAGUGGCACAGGGACGAGCACUGAGGGGACGGAGUCACUCUCCCCAGUGACAAGGUUUUCCUCAGCUGCAGCCUGAGCUCCUCCUGCUUUCAGGGCCCUCUCCAGGCGCCUCUUUACAGCUCUAAAUAUGUGGCAGAUUCUGUUUGUUCCCAUAAAUCAUCCAUUUGCUUUUUUUAAUAAUAAACUCCCCUGUCUCGCCUGCUGGUUAUUUUCCCCAGGGGCUGUGAGGGUGGGUGGUGGCCGGCACCCGGGUGCCCUGAGGGGGCCUGUGACCGAGUGAUGCUGUCAAACUUGGCCCGCUGCCGCCAUCUUGUCCCCGCCGCAGGUGUGAGGGCGGUGGUGGCAAUAGGCCCGCCCUCGUCACGUGGGCGGGGCUGGGCCAGCGUCGACUGGGCGUGGGGCGUGUGCCUUUGUGACACCGGCUGGCUUUGGCGCGAGGGCAGCGCUCCCGCACUCAGUCGGCAGCGGUGAGUGGAGGGUCCUGGCCUGGCUCCGCCCGGCGGCCUCCCGCGGUCCCCGUGUGGUCCAGGGCCCCGGUGCCCCCCAGCCCCAUGGCCUGCUCCCCCAGCCAACUCCCCCUCAGCACAAACUCCCCACUCACCCUAUAGCCCUAUGGCCUGCUCUCCCUCGGCGCAGCCGGCUCAUCUCUCCUCAGCACCAGGCUCUCUGCUCAGCGCCCCCGCAGGUGCUGGGGACUGGGUGGCUCUCCCAGGGACAGGGGUGUCCAGGCCUCUGCAGCAGGGGAGUUGCCUCCUGGCCUGGGGUGACGAAGCCCAGGCUGGUGUUUCUGUCCAGGGCUGCCUAGUCGUGUCCCAGCAAGUCUGAUGGGGCCGUUUGGUUUCCUUGACAGCGGUGUUUCCUUCAGCCGUUAGGAAUGGGGCGGUGUGGGGUGAAGAUGGAGACCUGGGGGUUGGCAGAAGUGAAACCGGCCAGGGGGGGUGUGCCAACAUUGGAGGGAAUUCUGGCUUGAGGAAUGACUUCUUUCUGUCUUUCUCUUUAGUGAUUGCAGCGAGCGCUAGCAGCACAGGCCUUUGUCAUUUCCCAGGAAAACUUCAAACUUGUUCCACUGCCAGCGUCCUCAGUUCUCCUUAACCAGCUGGUGAAAUCCACAUCCAUGCCGCUGGGGGAGACUGGUAGGACUUGGCUAUAGCCAUGACUGAGCCCACAGGGUUUCGUUCACAACUCUCCAUGGUCCACUGAGCAGCAGCUUCUUGAAAAGGUCUCGGAAAGACAAUGGAGAACAGCCCCAGGACACUGAACCACCUGCAAAAACUGUUUGAAUCACACUCAAUCCCUUUGAGCCAGAUCACAAACGUUGUCCAGAAUUUUUCUACCCAGCUCUUCUGGAGAGUUGUCAAGAGACCGUAGAAGGUGGUUCUUCCGGAGACGAGAAGUCAGGCCCUGCUGAUCCCUUAGAUGAUGACGAAAAGGAAAGGCAAGAAGUGGAGGCUCUUGCUAGGAAGAUUGAAGAAAAAUAUGUAUGUUUUUCAUCUUCAUAUUAUGUUAUUCCUCAGAAUUGGCAAUACUUUUCAGCUGUCAGCCAGUUAAGACUGGUUUUGUUCUCAAAAAAGAUCUCGUUCUCUUUUCUGUAGUGGAGCCAACAUCAGUGUCCUGUAUUGGGGCCAUCCCCGUGGUAACUGGAAAAGAAAGAUGAACACACUGUCAAUCUUUUAUUGUUUAGGGUGGCAAGAGAUGUAGGAAGGACCGUAUUCAGGACUUGAUUGACAUGGGUAUGGAUACGACGAGUCUGACUCCUUCAUCGAUAAUUCUGAAGCAUACGAUGAGUUUCUUCCAGCUUCUCUUACUACGGAGUAUGGAGGGUUUUACAUCAAUUCAGGAACACUGCAAUUCCGGCAAGCAUCUGAAUCGGAAGAUGACAUUGUUAAAGAGAAGAGGAAGAAACACAAGAAGAAGUGUCCCAAGAAGCGGAAGUUGAAAGAUGGAGGUGAAAAACUGAAGAAGAAGAAGAAAGAUGAUUCUUACGACAAGGAAAAGAAAUCCAAGAAGUCCAAGUUCCCAAAAGCUGGGUAAGGAGCGGGAGGGAAUGCUUACUGCUCGGCUCCUUGCUUCAGGGUUAUAGGUGGCAUUUGUUUUGCUGCAGUAGUACCUGUUGCAGUGGGGAGUGGCUUGAGAGUGUGCUGCAUAAACACCACCGGGUAAAAGCCUGUUCCUUCCAAAGUGGGAGGUAAAAAGGUGGCUGACAUUGAAGAGGACUGGACCCAGUACUGACCCCUGGGGAACACCACUCAUCACUGACCUCCAACUAGACUCUGUGCCCCUAAUCACCACCCUCUGAGCUCUGUCUUUCAACCAGUUAUCUAUCCACCUUACUGUCCAUUCAUCAAGCCCACUCUUCCUAAGUUUCCCUAUGAGGAUGCUGUGGGAGACCAUGUCAAAUGCCCUGCUUAAGUCAAGGUAGACCACAUCUACCGCCCUCCCCUCAUCUAUCCAUCCAGUCGUGCCAUCAUAGAAGGCUAUCAGAUUAGUCAAACAUGAUUUCCCCUUGGUGAAUCCAUGUUGAGUACUUCAGAUAGCUUUCUUUUCCUCCACAUGCCUUGAGAUGAUGCCCAGAAUGAGCUGUUCCAUCAUCUUUCCAGGGAUGGAGAUGAGGCUGACCGGCCUGUAGUUCCCCGGCUCCUCCUUCUUGCCCUUUUUGAAGACUGGAGUGACCUUGGCUUUCCUCCAGUCCUCAGGCACCUCACCUGUUCUCCAGGACCUUUCAAAGAUGAUGGAGAGCGGCCCAGCAACGACUUCCACCAGCUCCCUCAGCACUCUCGGGUGCAUCCCAUUGGGGCCCAUGGACUUGUGAAUAUCUAAUUGAUCUAAUUGAUCCCUCACUCGAUCCUCCUCUACCCAAGGGAAGUCUUCUUCUUUCCCCGUUACUUCCCCCAAUGCCUGGGACUCCUGAGGGCUGGGCUGAGCAGUAAAGACCGAAGCAAAGAAGGCAUUCAGUAACUCCACGUUCUCCGCAUCCUCUGUCACCAAGGCUCCUGUCUCAUUCAGCAGUGGGCCCACAACUUCUCUGGUCUUCCUUUUGCUUCCAAUAUACUUGUAGAAGCCCUUCCUGUUGAGCUUGACAUCCCUGGCCAGGGCAGCCUUGGCUUUCCUUGUUUCAUCCCUGCACGCUCUGGCAGCACUCUUGUAAUCCUCCCAAGGGGUCAGUCCCUUCUUCCACUUAUUGUAGGCUUCCUUCUUCCGACUGGGUGUGGGAUGACCUGAAUAAGUCAACGGCCACCCUGCUGACCUGUGACAACCGCAAGGUGAACAUGAAGCACAGCUGCAGCACCGCCGCCAUCCAGGGAACAAAGAGCUGGCGGACAGGCAGCACUUCUGGGAGAUCAAGAUGACCUCCCCGGUCUAUGGCACAGACAUGGUACAUGGGACAGAGUCGCUUACGGGCAGGCAGAAAUGUCCAGUGCUCUUUGAGCAUGCAAGCACCUUCUCCAGCAGUUCAGCUGGGCCCCAUCACUUUAGGAAAGGAAAUUGGAGCCGAGAGCCUUCAACUCCGGCCUGAAACCUUUGACUUUGCUUCACCAAAACCUCUGGGUGUUUUGGACUGUGCCAAGAAGAGGAGGGGAGAGCCAGAGGUGGAGUCUUAGUUGUGUUUUGUUGCUUGAAAAGACACUAAGCUUGUGCCCUUCUUCCUGGGCGGAGCGGCUGCCUGUAGCAUGCAGCUCUCGGAGCAGCUCCCCUUGCCUGCCUUUUGCAGACCCCUUAGAACCGGUGUGUGACCCUCCAGGGUGCCCAGCUGCCAGUUGCACGUCACUGACUGGGGGUUUCCAUGCCACUACCUGCGCUCUGGCAUUGCAAAACCUCAGCUUUUCCCUUUUCUUUGCCCACUCUGGGGUGGGAGGGCCGGGAUCAGGCACUGGAAGGAUUUUUUUAGGCACUGAGCGGGGCUGUACCAGUGGGAACUCGCAGUGCGGGAGGUGGGAUGAAUUCAUGGAAAGCAGGCUUUCCACUCAAUGCCAGUUUUUGUUGUUUAAGGACUACUGCAUCACAAGGGAGACAAAACAAACUUCUCUUCAAGGUUUGGCCAAGGCUCCAUCAUCGGAGUGCAUUUGGACACGUGGCACGGGAUGCUCACAUUCCUCAAAAACCACAGGUGCUUAUGUGUCGUGGUUUAACCCCAGCCGUCAGCGAGCACCACACAGCCGCUCGCUCAAUUCUCGCCUUCCCCAUGCGAGAAGGGUUGGGAGAAGAGGGAGAAAAGGAGGGGAAAGGAAAAGGAAAAAAACGGGUACAGUGCUGGGUUUCAUCUUUUAGUGUGUGAAAGGUGUUGAUAUCACACUGAUAUUUUGCUAGUGUUUUUCCCAAGUUUGGAACUCUUCAGUUGUCCAUGUUCUGCCAGCGAGGGCAGGCACACAAGGAACAUAAACCAGAAGACACAGAGGCUCCAACUUGGCUGAAACUGCAAAUCAACAAGAUAAGCGCCUGCCUGGACACGGAAAAAGAAUCCAAUAAGAUGUCAGAAGACCCCAGACCAAAAAUCAUCACUGGACUAAAAGACGCGUGGACAGUGUGUGGAUCACAAGGGUACCAUUGCCCAGGGAUUUCUUCGUUCGGGGUCCCUCUCUUUGGAGGCACCCAGCCUGGGCUGUCCUUGCUGCUGUACCUUCCAAUUACAUUAAUUAUUUUAUAAAAUCCGAUGCCUGAGACUCUGCUACGGGAAAC